AGAUACAAAUCAGUGGAAUACGAAUGCAUCUAUUUUUUGUGGAAAAAAUUGAAAAAAAUUGAAAAUGUCACGAAAAUCGGAUAGGAGUGUUAUGAGCUCGGAUAAUUUGACCAAACAAAUCAUCGAACUGGGUCAAAAUAAAGAAUUUAGCCAAUUGCAAGAACUCCUUGCGAAGUGUGAUACAAAACUGCUUGAACGAACAAUCGUUAAGCGAAUUGAUCGAUCGGAUGCGACGAUUUUAUGGAACUAUCUUUUGAUUGGAUGCGAAUCGAAUUCGGGUUCGAUGAACAAUACCCGUUUUUCCAUUUUGAUGGCCAUGCUACAAGAGAUGAACAAAGUUGAAAUCACAUCGAAACAAACAUUCGAUUUAAUUACACGCACUUUUAUUGAACUACCCAAGUUGCGACCACAAGAACUGAUUCAAUUGUGUCAAUAUUGUGUUGAUUCAUUACGAGUUGGCGAUCCCAAAUGCACCGGAUGGAAAGAGCUAUUUCCAGAGCUAUUAAAAUUGCUGAGUGAUAUGCCAAAAAUCAUUGUCCAAAAUGAAGUGAAAACUGGAAGUGAGUUCUGUGAUUCGCAAAUCAAAAAUUUGCUCGCAUCAAGAUGGCCCGAAACAGUUUUAAGUAGUAUUGGAGCAAUGUUUUUGGAAAUGCCAAUAAUGAAGAAUGACAAACUUUUAAUUUUGAAUAAACUCUGCGAAAAUCUGAUGAAAUUGGAACCGCAAGAGUUACCAACGCUUGCAUUUCAAUUGUUUACAUUGAGCACGACACCGGCCCAACUAAUGGUACCUUUGAUUAGUUUGAAUCAGUAUUUUCAAAAAUAUCUGUACCAGAAACAACUUGAUCAAUCGACAGAUAGUGAACCGCUGAAUUUCGAUAGCAUUGAUCGAUUCAGUGAUAAUGAUUUAUUGGCGGCUCAAAAUACAAUACUCUAUCAUUUGAGUAACUGUUCGGAAUACAAGAUCAGUGAAAAGGAAAUGGUUCAGCAGAUUCGAACUUUGGCGUCGAAUCCAAAAUAUGUUUUGACACCAUUCAUGUUGAGCGCAUUGUUGACGAUAUGCAAUGUUAGUCGUUAUUUGGAAUCGGUUCGGUUGUCUGUAUCUAGUACGCUACCGUUCAUUCGAACCGCCAUCCAAAAUAAUGAAAAAGAAAUGGGACUGUGCAAAAAUUCUGCAUGGUUCAGGGAUACACUCGAAUACUCUACUGUCAAUGUGCACAAAGUCUAUUCGAUUUUAGUUGAGCAAAGCAAAGAGGAUAUAUUCACUCCAGGUUUGGUUGGUAUGGCAUUUGUUCUAUUGAAGACACCACACUAUUCAAAUGUCAACAUUUUGGGCAUUCAUUUUCUUGAGGAGAUAGUGAGAGUACGACAUCAACUUGGCCUGGGAAUUCUAAAAAAUCUAAAAGAAUUUCUAUUCGCCGAUCAAGAUGCUCCGCAAUACACUGAAUGUUUAACAAAGUUGAGCAUAUCAAAUCCAAUGUUAAUCUCAGAGCAUACAGGUCAAAUAAAAGAAAUUAUCGACUUUUUCUUAUUGAUUCCCGGACAUCAUGCCAUGAGGAUGAUGACAUUCAUUGUUCCGUUGACCAAAUCGAAUACACAAAUUCGUGACUAUUUCAUUGAUAUGCUGCGCAAAGCAAUGUAUCAGAGUAAUAUGUCAACACGUCAAAUGGCCGUGUACGGAUUUUGUUUGAUGUUGAAACAGUUGCGAAGCAAUUCAGUUUGGCGAUCAUCGGCUCGCGGUAUGUCAACACAAUUGAGUAUAUCCGGUUUUUCCGUGAUGUCACAACAAUUACAGAGCAGCGGAAAUAAUCCGAACAACGCGUUUGAUAUGUGCGUGCUGGAAAUAAUCGGAAUUUUACGCAAAUGCUUUAAUCAAACAUAUGAAAUCAAAGAGAUACUUUACGAUGGCCUGAGCAAUGCCAUUCAACAAAAUUCCAAAUUGAUGCCGCACAUUUUUCAAUUUCUUGAAUGGCAUUUUCGGAGUUACUUCGAUGAAGUGGCCGACACCAUACAUAUCAAUUUCGAUAAGGCAAUCGAAAUCAAUCAAGGCGACAUUCAAAUCAAAGAUCACAUUGGCAAAUUACUGCAAUUCCUAACGCAAUGCUUCAUUCUACUCGAACAAAAUGGUUUGGAGUUUGAAGUCACCGAAUUCAAAGAAUUUUUCGAGAAAAUUCUCGAAAACAUUCACACAAUCACUUUGGAUCAAAUUGUUUUGGACGGUACAAUCACCCCAUUAAAAUGUCAGAUUGGACUUCAGUUUUUGAAUUGUCUGGAGAGUUUGAUGUAUUAUUCUUUGAAAAUGCAUAACAUUGAUGCUUCUUCAGUGUCCACAAUUAUUCGACUAUUUCAACAUCAUAAAAUGUGUCUCGAUCAACUUCAUGAAUUGGUUGCCGCUGCCAAAAAGGCAAACAGGAAAAAGAAUGAUGACGGCGAUUUGUCUGGUCAAUUAAGAGCCACAGUUCAAGUGAAUGUCUUAAAACCUGAGAAUGUUUGGGAUUUGAUUGCGGUACACGGAUUUUUGGAAGCACUAUGUCGACGAAGUCAGUCGCCAAAUUUGCUGUGGAAUGAAACCGAUUUUUGCAUUUACGUUUUAAACGUAACCCGCGCAAAGGUUGAGGAAAUGCGAUCGGCUCCUGAUUACAAACAAAUUAAAUAUAGUAAAUCGAACUAUAAGUACUUGCGUGAAAUAUCCGCACUCAUACUGAAGUUCUUCGUCAAAGAUUUGGCUAACAUGCUGGACGAUUUUGGUAUUGAAAUGGCACAUGCUGCGGUCAACUGUUUUCGAGAAUGCAUUUCCACGGCGACUGCAUUAUACGAACGAAAAUUCAUUGAAUUUUUGAAAAGUUUGGUUAUCGAAAAUGUGCAUUUAAAAGAUGUUAAUACAAAUUUGAUAAAUAUUUUACAACGCUUGAUCGAUAAAAUUGUAACAUCUUUUGAGAAUAACGAUGUCGAGCCCAAGCAUCAAGUAAUGAUGCGACAUCUAUUUCAAUGCUUGGAAAUGCUGUACAACCAUAUCGAUUUGACGCCGGAUGAAGGGAACGAUGUGCACAAAUGGUUGACCAAUUAUUGCAAAUCGCACCGAAUUGAGUUGCCGGAGCUAAAUGCUCUCGUUCACAAAAUCUUAUUUAUGCAGCGUAUUCGAACGGGAAAGGGGCCAAUAUUUGAAGGAAUUUCAAAGCAAAUCCAAGCAAAACUUGGACAAAUUGAAGAGGAACCGAAUGAGUCUAUCGAUGAACUGAAAUCAAUUGCCGAAGAAACAGCCGAAACAUGUUGUAUUCAGUUAUGCAAUGCGCUUCGAAAACAAAUCGAAGAAAUCGAAUACUUUAUACACAAAGUAAAGAGCUAUUGUGCUCAAAUAAAAACGGGCGGUCAAAAUGAAGAAGAUCGAAAAUUGUGUGAAAAUCGAAUGAUAUCAACGGAACGCCGAAUUUGUUCCCAAUUCAUAUUCAUAUCACGUGUAUGCAUCCAUCUGGGAAAUGCAAUGCAACCGGUCGGUCAAUGUACCGACAAUUUUACAAAACUAUUGAUCCAGCUUUAUGUGUGCUUGGCAAAUUUAACCAAACAUUUUAUAAAUCGUCAAAAAGUCUCACCAAUUUCAUACAAAUCCACAAAGUUCGAUCAAUUGGUGCAAACGAUUGGCAAAAAAUUGCCGUUAAAAAUUUACUCAAUGAUCAAUUAUAUUGAAGAUAAUAUUUUCGAACGGGAACAAGCGAAUGAGAACGACGAUGGUGCAGCGAAACGACUGAAGAAAAAUGACGCCAAAAAUCAAAAGGCACGACUAAUGCGUGACACAAAAAACAUUCCGAAAUUGAUUAAGAGCAUUGAAAAUUUCAAUAAAUUUGUGAUAUCGUUGAGUAAAAAAACGGAACAUGAUCUGAACAAAUGUCUACAUAUCGGAACGGUUAGAGAUUUUCGCAUAAAAACGAAAGAAUUGCGUGAAGCAAUUGAUAAAUUUCGGGACAAUGAUGAUGAGUCAAGCGGCGAGGAUGAGAUAAGUGACAGUGAUGACGAUGAAGAAAUCGAAGGUGAAGCUGAAAUUGUUUCGGUUGCUGGUACUGAAUCAGGUCUCAGCUCAGCCACAACUGGAUCAACGGGUUCCAUAAUCCAAGAGGUGAACCAUGACGCAAGCCUAAAAACAAGCGUAAUGAAGAAUUUGAAUGCAAUCAAUAAGCGAGCAAACAAGCGAAAAAAACAGCCAAAUGAUAGUGUUGAUGAGGCCGAAAAUAAUAAUCAAAAUCGUCGUAAAAUACGAAAAGAAAAUGAGACAGUUGAACAAAAAACUGACGUAACCACAACAAGACGUUCAAAUCGACGAAAUCCAACGAAAUAGACGAAAUGAGAAAAUAUAUCGUAGUUUUAGAAUUGAACUUACCCAUCAUGGUAUUGAAUGCACGCAUUUAGCAAAUGUCUUAUGUCUUCGAUGUGCUAAAAUAUGUAUUGAACAACAGAGUGAACGGAGAGAAGAAGAAGAAGGGAGAAGGGGAGAAAGAGCGACAGAGCUCGCACCAAAUACAAAAAACAUCAAAUUCAUGCAUUACACACGCAAGUACAUGCACACAGAAAUCAGUCUGCAAAUGAAGUAGAGAAAAAAAAGACAUGCAUGGCAAGAAGAAACAGAUCCAAAAGUUUUCCAUCAUACUCAACGCAAACACAAAUACGAACAGUUUAUAAUUUCGUUUUGUUUAAACAAGUUGUGCAAAUUUUUUUUAAAUAAAUUUUCAGGAUUUCUUCUGAAAAUCAAAUGCUGUUGCUAUCAAGUAUAAAAAUAAAAAAAUAUUAGUAAAUUACGAAUUUA